GAAAUCGUUCUAGAAAAGUCUUUGUCCUACUGGGAUUUGACUUCUAAUUCUCUUCGGCGGUACGUACAUCACGGAACUAUGCUUCGGUUUGGCCGAAAGUGCAGUUCGCAAGAAGAAAGCGAGUUCGAGAUUGUUCGUUCUUGCGAAUCAUCUAAAGACCUUGAGAAACAAGUGGAUAUCGAGCAGGAGUCACGGGUACAACAAUCCCCAUCCGAAAAGCGUUCAACUUCUGAUACAACCCUUAAACCAGCGUGGAACGACGAAGACGAUGCCGUUGUAAUUGAGGAUUACCGUCCCAUACCCGUCUUAGAUGUUCGCAGUAAAAAAAGAAAACAAGAAGUGGAAGGGGCUUCAGAUGCCGAAGAUUCUGACGCCGAGUUUGGCGUUCAUUGUACUAGAAAAAUACUCCGGGAUGAGGCAUCGCCAUUUCUACCAGAGACAAAAACGAUCGGCAUUCGAAGAGUAUUUGAUGCCAAUCGCGAACGUAUCUCCUUGGGGCCCUUAAGUUCUGUUGAUUUUAAUCCCGUCUUUCAAAUGCUUCUGACAGCCAGCGAAGAUAGUACGUUGGCCAUGUUUAAGAUCUAUGAUCUGCAGACAGGGUCCGAAACACGUGCCAGCCCUUUUAUCGGCUCAACACCGGAUCAGAUAUUGAGUAAUUGCCAAGUAUCUCCCGGACAACCAAACCUAGUGUCCCUACAAAACGGGGCUAAUAAGGUGUACAUGGCCGAUUUACGGAGCCUUGAAAGAAUUUCCACUCUACACGCACGAGGUCCGAUUCGUUCAACUUGUUUCCUCAAAGAUGGGACGUUUUUCUACACGCUGGACUCCUCCGGACUGGUGUACGUAUUCGAUUUACGUAUGAAGAAUCCGGUCAUGGCUUAUCAGUGGACAGACGAAGCUUCCACGGGAGGUGCAGCGAUUGCCAGCUCUCCAGACGGGCAUUGGAUCGCAUGCGGGUCGGACAGUGGAUUUGUCAAUGUCUACCCAGCGGCCAAGGUUUCCCAGUCUCCUCAUCCACAUCCAGACAAGUCGAUUGCCAAUUUGCGCACCCGUGUUGAUCUGGCCGUGUUUCAUCCUGGCAACGAAAUGCUCUGUAUUGGAUCGUCUGAUCACUCGGCAGCCGUGCGUCUGUACCACAUGCGAAGUCGUCAAGUGUUUGACAAUUUCCCGGUUCGCGUUGGCCGUCUCGAUCUGGUCAGCUCGAUCGCUUUUAGUCCGGGUGGGAAGUACUUGUGUAUCGGACAAAAGAACGGGAGAGCUGCUCUGUACAGUAUUUCGCAUUAUCCAGACUACUGA